GCUGACCGGUUAUCCCUUGUUCCCCCUCACUAUCUGCUACCGAUCAGAGCUCCAUCCCGCUGGUCACGGCGUCAUCAGCGACUCUUUCUCGGGCGAGUUUUGGUUCAACGACUCCACGUCGAAUCUUACCAGCAGUAUAUUCGAAUACACCUUGCAUAUCUAAUUUGGACGCCAUACCGCGAAGGACCUUGGACCCUUAUUGCCAUUUGCCACUCUAAUCCCGGUCCCUUUACUCUAUGCAUACGACCUCGACUGUACGACCACUACACCCUAACAACCCAGCACCAAAACAUGCUAUCAACAUUAUCUUCCGCUAAAAAAGCCGCACUCCUAAAUCCCUCCAAACACUUACAACAUCUCAAAUCUUUCAUCACUAAUUCGCACAUCCAUGUACAUAAGAUGAUGACAGCGACGACCACCAACCUCAUCACCACAGGGCUCCUGGCCCUCCUAGCAGCCCUAACCCUCUACCUCCUCCAAAAACAGAACCUCAGACCAUCCCGACACCCCAAACACCCAUUCCCAUUCCUCGCCUUACCCCCAGAGCUGCGCCUGAAAAUCUACACAUGUUUCCCUCCCGGAGAGACGGGAAAUACAAAAAUCUACCUCAUCAACAAGCAAAUCAACGCAGAGUACAUCCACCACCACGCAACAACAACACGAAUCCAACUCUCCGUCUCAGCAAAAAACUACACCCACCCAUCCAAACCCACAUCCUCCCCUUCUUCUUCUUCUACUACUCCCCCACCAACCCAAGCGUUGCCACCACUGUGGACCCUCUCCCCAACGCUGACCCAGCACCUGCAAAAAGCAACAAUCCACCUCACGCUCACAUCCCCGCUCCUGGGGUACUCGUCACCGCGGGAUAUUGUGAUUCCUUCUCCUUCCCCCUCAUCUCCGUCUUCCUUCGAUCCAGCAACGCAGUUCCCACUCACCCAGCACCUCACCACCACGCUUUGCUCCAGCGCCUUCCCAUCGUUGAAAGAUAUCCACGUCAAGAUCCGCGCGAUCCCCGAUCCACUGUGGAAUCCGAUCUGGUUCUGGUACCACGUUAGCCAGGCGCUGAAAUCGGUGGCAAGGAUCCGGAAAAUUAGUUUCGAGGUCGAGGGGUGGAGUCCUGGGCAGCAUGGUAUGGAACGACGACGACGGACGAAGAAGCCGUUGAAAGAUCUACCACCCCAGAAGAAAGAAGAAGAAGAAGAUGAGGAGGAGGAGAAGUGGACAUGGGUCUGCGAGCGAGGUCACUGGAUGGCCGACGAUGGCCCCAACGGCGGCGGCUGUGGAAAUGUCAAGGGAGGAGGGAACGCGGGAGAAGGCGUCAUGGCGGCGAUUGGUGGGAGAGCGAGGAAAGGGGAGUGGGAGUUUUCGGUCAGGGAGUUUUGCAUGCGGAUCCUGUAUGAUGAGUGUGGCGAGUGUGUUGGGCCUGUGGAGUGA